AUGAGGGGAAUAUUGGCUGCCGCUUUGUUGCUUUUGUUGGGUGCAUUUUUACCACUCAAUCAAGCUUUACUUCAUGAUAUACAUGAAGUAAUUGAUUUCGAUUCGGCUAAUUUACGUGACUUCCAGUAUUUCAAAAAUCUUCCCUCACAAGAUCCCAAACGAGCUGGUCAGGCGAAUUUGUUUUUGGAACAUUUCCAAAAGAAGAAGGCCAUAUUGGAUUAUGUGGAACAUCUGUUUUUGGGUAAUUCCCCCUUUACAAAGGAAAGUGAGAUACCCUUUGAUCCCCAUUUCGGUCGUGCAUGGCGUCCAUAUUAUGUGCGUAAAUAUGGUUGGCGUGGAGAACGUUUAAUUGAUUCGUUGGGCCGUGGUUAUUCUUUGAACGAAUUACGUAAAUACGGUGCCAUACCCAAAGAGUAUGGUACAAAAUAUUAUCCCAAUUGA